AUGGGCAUGUGCUUGGUGACAUUUAUGUUCCUAUUUGCCGGCAUUUUGGGCUACCUCAAGUGGGGUGAGGAUGUAGGCGGCAGCUUGACGCUGAAUCUGGGCGAUACAAUCUUGGCGCAAGCCGUGAAGGUAAUGGUGUCAGCCGGCGUACUGCUCGGCUAUCCGCUGCAAUUCUUCAUCGCCAUACAAAUUAUGUGGCCGAAUGCAAUGCAACUUUUGCACUUGCAAAAUCGUCCCUUCUCCGGCGAGCUGCUCUUUCGCACGAUUAUGGUUGUGCUGACGUUAUGCAUUGCUGAAUUGGUACCCGCACUGGGUCUGUUUAUGUCGCUCAUCGGUGCUUUGUGUUCCACUGCGUUGGCGUUGGUUUUCCCACCGAUGAUUGAACUGCUUGUGAAGCGUGACGACAACAAAGGACCCGGCGUUUGGCUAUUUACAAAAAACAUUUUGAUACUCGUAUUGGCGUUAAUGGGCUUCUCAACUGGCACCUAUGAAAGUUUAUCACAAAUUGUAACACAUUUUAACGAAAUGAAAUAACAUUUAAGACUUGCGCUGUUAAAUUGUGUAACUCGAAUAGGUAUAUGUAUAUGUAUGUAUGUAUUUGUUUUUAUGUACAUAUGUACGUAGAUUUCUAGAUUUAAUACUCCUUAACGUGAGUUUCGUCCGAAUUUUUUUCAUCCGCUCGUAAUGAAUACGCAGAAGUGAAAAGUGUAUGAUUUCGGGCGAAUAUGAAACUCAUUAUAAGGUUGAAUAAGAUUUAAUAAGAAUUCACGAUUAGACUAAAAACAAUGAGUAAGUAUGUUGAUGUGCCAGUGUGAUUUUAGUGAUACAAUAUGUCAGGUAUCCACUUAAUUCGCUUUUAAUUUUUAUCAAUAAAAUGUUAUUUAUAAUCCUAGUUUUUAUUAGCUUAUUCAGAUCAAUGUGUACACAUACAUGUAUGUAUGUACAUAUAUCUUUGCCAGUACAUAAUUAUGUUCUACAAAAGACCACGUAAACACAUCUAAAUACAGAUUUUCUAAAGUGCCAAUUAUAAUUUCUACCAAAUAAAUAAUAGUAAUUAAGAUUUCUUUAUAGCUAUUUUAAUCUUUGAAACGUUAUAUGCGAGUAAACCCUGCAAGCCAUGCUUUCGGAGUAUUCCACUAAGAAUAUUUUCCUCCAUUUUAGAAGGGGUGGACGGGUGGUCUGGGACACCCGGUAUAUGGGCAAUGGGUGUGAUUAUAGGCCGAUUUCGCUGAUUUUCAAGCAGACGUCUUUUAAGAUUCUUAGAAGCAUGUGUACCAGAUUUUAAGGGCCUAUCUGCAUUGGUUGAGUUUUGACUGCAGAAAGUGCUUAUAUCAGCCAUAGUGCGAUGCACAGUGGAAGAGGCCAAUACAAAAUGUGGCAAAAAGUAGUAAAUGUGCUCCGAUUUUGCUAAAAAUUGUAACGUGGAGUACCUUUGCCUAGCAAUGAAUAAAUAUGAAAAAGGGUAAAAUUUACCCGACUGCCACGCCCACUACACUAGGGGGCGGAAAUGGUAAAUGUUAUCGGAUUUCAAUGAAAUUCGGUUUAUAACUUGGGUUAAUAUGGGAACACAUAAAUCUGAGAGAUCGUAAAAAUCGGUCUACUGUCACGCCCACCAGCCAUGCAGUCUGAAUUCAG